AUCGCAUUGGUCAUUCCAACCUUCAUUCCGAACCGGUUGAUCGUUACGAGGAAAACAAAACACGCGAUGAGAGUGAUCAGUUGCAUUGCAUUAUUCGUCGCCGUCGCAAUGGCGAGCGGUAACAGGCCGCAGUACGAAUUGUCAGACGCGCCGGCUUUGUUUGAGAAAUUUAUCAAAGAUUUUAACAAACAGUACAAAGAUGAAGCGGAUAAGGCAGUCCAUUACGAGGCGUUCGUGAAGUCCUUAGAGACAAUAAAUAAAGCGAAUGCGGAACAGUCUACUGCGACAUUCGAUAUAAACCACUUAGCGGAUUACACGCCUGAUGAAAAGAAACAUCUCUUCGGCUUAAGAUUGCCAGAAAAAAGGAAAGAAUAAAGACCGUUUUUAAGAGAAGAAUACGAUAUCAUAAUCACAGUGCUAAUUAAUAAUAAAAAUGUAAAAUUAUAUUAAAGAUUUAAUAACC